CUGAAAUACAGGAAGCAAUAAAAAAACAAGGAGAACAAAUAAGAAAAUUAAAACUUGAAGAACAGACAGAUGAAGUUAAAAGCAAGACAUUGUGAUGAUGUCCUCUAAAUUGUUGGGGAAUAUUUCUAUCAUUCCAAAAUUGUUGCGAGGUUGCUUGUUUUCCUGUUCUUACUGUCUAGAUAGCAAGAUAAAAGAAGAAACAGCUAAAUUAGUGGAACCCAAGAAGAAGAUUGAUAAUGAGCAAGGAAGCCAGAAAUUUGUUCUCAAGACACCAAAGGGAACUCGUGAUUAUGCACCAAAGCAAAUGGCUGUUAGAGCUAAAGCAUUUAAAGCUAUUAUUGGCUGUUUUGAAAGACAUGGAGCAGAACAGAUUGAUACACCAGUCUUUGAAAUGAAGGAAACUUUGACAGGGAAAUAUGGUGAGGACUCCAAGCUAAUCUAUGAUCUUGCAGACCAAGGAGGAGAGUUGUUAUCAUUGAGAUAUGACUUAACAGUACCAUUUGCAAGAUAUGUUGCUAUGAACAAGAUUGACAAAAUCAAAAGAUAUCACAUCGCCAAAGUGUAUCGUAGAGACAAUCCAGCCAUGACAAGUGGACGAUAUAGGGAAUUUUAUCAAUGUGAUAUUGACUUUGCUGGGAAGUAUGAUCCUAUGAUUCCUGAUGCAGAAUGUGUAAAGAUUGUAUCAGAAAUACUAACAGAUUUAAAACUUGGAGACUUCACAGUCAAGGUGAAUCAUCGUCAGUUGCUGGAUGGCAUGUUUGCUGUUUGUGGAGUACCCGAAGAGAAUUUUCGAUCAAUUUGUUCUGCUGUUGAUAAACUGGACAAGCUUCCUUGGGAAGAGGUGAAGGCAGAAAUGGUGGGAGAGAAGGGUCUGGAUCCCAGUGUGGCAGACAAGAUAGGAGAGUAUGUGAAGCCUAAGGGAGGAAUGGAACUAGUAGAAUCAUUGUCAGCAGAUGAAGCCCUCAGUAAAAACAAGAGUGCCAUGGCUGCAUUAGAUGACAUGAAACUUCUUCUCCAAUAUGUAGGAUUGUUUGAUAUCACAGAUAAGGUGUCAUUUGAUCUGAGUUUGGCAAGAGGGUUGGACUAUUACACAGGUGUCAUAUAUGAAGCAAUUUUAACAGGAAAACAACCAGAUUUAGGAAAAGCAGCCAAAGGUGAGCCUGUAGGAGUUGGGUCAGUGGCUGGUGGUGGUCGCUAUGACAACUUGGUUGGAAUGUUUGAUCCCAAAGGGAGGAAGGUGCCUUGCGUUGGAGUUAGUAUAGGAAUAGAGAGAAUAUUUUCCAUUCUUGAGGCUAAAGCUGAGGCCGAAGGUAAAGUGCGGACAACUAAAACUCAAGUAUUAGUGGCGUCAGGACAGAAAAAUCUCUUGACUGAACGAUUAACACUUGUCAACGAGCUAUGGCAGGCAGGAAUUAAGGCUGAACUACUCUACAAGAAGAAUCCUAAAAUGCUGAAUCAGUUUCAGUUCUGUGAAGAAAAUGGAGUCCCGUUUUGUGUGGUGAUUGGUGACAGGGAACUUCAGCAAGGAGUUGUAACUCUCAGAGACAUGGCUUCCAGAGAAGAGGCCCAAAUAAAGCGGAGAGAAUUAUGUCAUGAGAUCAAAACACGGUGCACAGCACUUGACGCAGAAUCAGAAUAAAAAGUGAACAACUUUGAAAAGACAUUGAAUUUCAAACAACGGCUUCAUUAAACACGAAAACUUACCAUAACAGCAAAUAAAUUGAAGAGUUUUAACAGGAAUGAA